CAGAUCCAACCUGAGGACAGCACAUGUGAUGAUCAGAGCAGAGAGCAGACAGACGGGAAGACGGACGCAGAGAGACCCUCCACCUGGAAAUGGAUGACCUGCUGCUGCUGCUGCUGCUGUGGAGCUCAGGACUCCAGGCUGAAGGAGACCUCACCUCAACAGACUCUGUCAGGCUGGUGAAUGGGACCAGUCUGUGCUCAGGCAGACUGGAGGUGAAGACUAACCAGUCUAUCCAGCGCUGGUCUUCAGUGUGUGAAGAUGACUUUGACCAGCAGGAUGCAGAGGUGGUCUGUAGGGAGCUUGGCUGUGGGGCUCCUUCAGUCCUCCAGGGGGCGCUCUAUGGAGAAGUGGAGCCUCCAAUGAGGACCAAAGAGUUCCAGUGUGGAGGCCAUGAGUCUGCUCUCCUGGACUGUAGAAGCUCAGGCUCAGAUAGAAACACCUGCUCACCUGGAAAAGCUGUUGGACUCACCUGCUCAGAGUCUGUCAGGUUGGUGGGAGGAGCCAGUCGCUGUGCAGGAACACUGGAGGUGAAACAUAACGGAGAAUGGAGACCAGUGGGUGGCCGUUACUAUGACUGGAGCCUGAAGACAGCAGCUGCUGCCUGCAGAGACUUAGACUGUGGCUCUGCUGUUUCAUUAGUACAGAGAAAUGAGUCCUCACGCAGAUCUGUGUGGUGGAUCAGGUCUGACUGUGUUGAGUCUGGAUCUGCUCUGAGGGAGUGUGCUGCAUCAGAUUCCUCUUACUCAUUCCUUGAUCUCAUCUGCUCAGACCUGCUGCUUCAGCCCAACAUCUCUGUGUCCUCCUCCAUGGUCGGGGUCUCCGAGGUGGACCAGCAGGAGGUGUUCCAGGUGUUCUGGGGCUCCAACUUCACCAUCAGCUGCUCCAUCCAGCCACAGUACUUCUUCAACUUCUCCAACUCAACACACAACUCCACCCAGUACCCAGGAGGCUCCUUCCAGCUCACCUUCACCUCCUUAAACUCAGCACACAACUACACCCAGCCAGCUGUCAAUCACUCUGCCCACUUCCUGUUUCCUGCUGCAGAGCCCGCCCACCAAGGAAGCUACAGCUGUGUUUAUCACCUCUAUGUUUUCUCUCAUAACUUCUCCUCUGAGAGCCGUGUGCUCUCUCUCAGCGUCAUGGAUCCGAGGCCUUUAAUCAUCAGAGCGAUCCUCCUGCCGCUGAUUCUGCUGGUGGAGAACAUUGCCCUUUACUUCUACUGUAGGGCCAACAGGGGGCAGCUGCCGUGCAGACAGAAGAACAUUGAUCUCCAGGCCAACAGGGGGCAGCUGCCGUGCAGACAGAACAACAUUGAGCUGGAUUAUUAUAACCUGGGUGUCCCUGCAGCUGAAGGAGGACCGACUGAAGAGGAAGGAGCUCAGGGAGCUGAGUAGCACCUCCAAGGAGCUCAUGGAGGUUAAGCAUUUAGUGACCUUUUU